AUGACCAUCGCGGUCGCCAUCGUCGCCCUCGCGGUGGUCUCGCCUCUUCCCGUCCUGCCAGGAACCCAUGCGGCCACGGUCUUACCCUCUGAAUUUACGGUCCUGCAGGCGUUGAAGCGAGAGUGGGGCGCGUUCAACGGCAGUGAGACGUGGACGUCUAGCACUGACUGUACCAACGGUGACAUGAAGGGCGUUGCCUGCAGUUUCUUUGGCGAGAUCUAUGCUUUGGGUGUGUUCAACAAGGGUAUCAAAGGCAGCAUACCCACCAGCAUUGGCACCCUCCAAGAGCUGCAAUUCCUGGACCUGUCUGGCAAUCAGCUUACAGGCCCCCUUCCGUCGUUCUUUGCCCAACCUGGUGUUAUGAAUCAGCUGGACCUUAGUAACAACCAGCUUAGUGGCUCCAUACCUGCAAUCUUCAGUAGGUUUGGGGGCCUGCUGCAACUGCGCCUGAACGACAACCAGCUCUCAGGAACUAUCCCGGAGGACAUGCUUGCAGUCAUCGGCAACAUCAAUAUCCUUCUCCUCCACAACAACCAGCUCACGGGAUCGAUUCCUGCCAGAAUAAGCAACUUGGAACCUCUUCAAUUCUUAGACUUGAGUGGUAACCAGCUGGAUGGGAACGUGCCUGUUGGAUUGAGCCUCCUGACUAACCUUCAGUUACUAAAAAUCGGCAAGAACCAGAUCACAGGGGUUGUUCCCUCGCAACUAGCAUUUCUGACAAGAUUGAAUUACUUGUAUCUCAAUGACAAUAGCCUUUCCGGAAGUUUUCCCACUGCGAUGAUGGGAAUGAAUAACAUCGUGGAAUUGUCACUGGCCAACAACCAGCUAGUGUCAAACGAUGUGAACGUGAUUCUUGCUGGCUUCACCACCGUCAGUGUACUGUGCGUGCGCUCUCACUCUCUCACUCACUGCAUGCUGUAUGUCCUCACUGCCUGGUCACCGCCGUUAUCCCCCCCACUCCAGAAGAAUCGCUGCGUGAAUUCCUCCAUCGCCCCACCGCAUACUGCGGCCACCGAGUCGUCACUAGUAACUGCUGGGCUGGGCGUAUGUCGUAAUAGCAGCAGAGAAGCACCCUACAGCAUCCUCCCUCGUCUAUUUUCCCAUCCCCCCUCUCUCUCAGGCGACUGCUGGGCGUACGCGGUGGUGGGCAGCAUAGAAAUGGCAUACGGCAUUCUCUCCAACCUCUCCGCCGUGCCGCUCCUCUCCGUCUCCCAGCUACGCGACGCCCUCGGCUCCUCAUGCUCGCAGGGCAACUCGCCCUCCCAGGCCUUCCAGUAUCUCAUCACUCUCAAUGCCAAGGCCAACAUUGGGCUGAUGGAGGAUGGGAAAGGGGGGGCGGUGGUGAGCGGGGGCGGAGCCAAGAAGAAUGGCAGCACCGGCGCGAGCCCGCUCUGUAGCAUACCUGUUUUUGCUCAACUUAGCAAGCCAUCGGGGGGGCCAUUCAGGGUGAACGGGUUUGAGCGCACGGCGUUCCACGGCUGGUUUGGGCUGCUGCUGGCCGUGCAGCGACAGCCCGUGGUGGUGCAUGUGCAGGCCACCGCCCCCUCCUUCCUCAACCAUGAUGGGCUAUCCAAGUACGCGGACCCAUCCUGCUUCACGUACAACCUGAACCACGUGGUGCUGCUGGUGGGCUAUCGCCUCACUGGCUCAGACCCCACCUUCCCGCACAUGGCGCCGCCCUUCUGGAUCAUCCGCAACUCAUGGGGCCCGGAGUGGGGCGACGGCGGGCACAUGCGGAUGGACAUCCAGGGGGGCGACGGCGUGUGUGGGAUCAACACCCUGCCUGGGAUCUACCCGGUGGUGCGCGCUGCUGCCGACCCAUGCAACGUCAACGGCACGAGGAGGGAGGAGUUUGGGUCGCUGUUCAACCCCUGUGGCAACUUCACAUGCACUGUUGAUGGGAGCAGCAACCGCUGCGAUUGCAACGACCCGCGAUUCGUUGAGGCUCGCAAUCCUGACAACACACGCACCUGUGCUUACAAGGAUGCAUGCAGGGCAGCGGUGCGCAAUCCGUGUGCGGUGGGCACAUGUGUGAAUGAUGGCAAGGGGUCAUACUCGUGUGUGUGCCCCCCGGGCUUCAGGCAGGGCACCACCGUUGAUGGCACCUUCUCCUGUGGUCCAGGCGACUCCAGCAGCAAGUACACGGUGGUGCUGGAGGGGCUCACAUGUGCAGACAUCCACCCCGUGUACAGCCUCACUCUCGCCCAACUGCAAGCCCAGAACCCGGGUCUGAGCUGCAGUGCUCCUCUCGCUGUCGACACGGUGGUGAACGUGGUCCAGCCAGCCGACCUCACGCCCUGCUCCGUCUACUACACCACGUCCGAGUUCCCCUUUUCUGAUACCCCUCUCAUCCUUCCCCCUUUCCCCCGCCCACUCGUCUCCUCUCUUAUUUUCUCGCUCGUCCUCCUGUCUACUCUCCAACCCUCCCUCCCAUCCCCCCAGGGCGACACAUGUGAGUCGCUAGCCACCUACUUCUCCAUCACCGCUGGCUGCCCGACUCCCACUGAGCCCUGCGCAGAGGCCUUCCAGGCGCUCAACCCCGGGCUGGACUGCUCCGGCAGCGGGGAGCUGCUGCCCAGCCAGGCGGUGUGUGUGGAGCGGCGGGCGGAGAGUGCAGCGGCGCUGCUCAUCCCGGUGUGCUCGCAGUUCUAUCUGGUGCAGGCCGGGGAGACGUGCGACCAGAUCCGCUCCGUGCCCUCCCCGCCGCUCUCCCCUCUCGAGUUCUUCCGCCUCAACCCCGGCAUCAAGUGCAGCCGCCUCGUGCCCAAGACUGACGUCGGCAGCCUAACAGGCUUUGAGGUCUGCUCUCCUCUUCGUCCACAUCACCCUCUCCCCUGCAUUAUCCUCUCCUCCUCCGCAUUCUCUCCUCCCUUUCUUCAUCCUCUCCCCACUCGUCCGUGCCCUCUCCUCUUGCCUCUCGCUUUCACGAAUUCUGUUGAUUGUUUCUCUGGUUCGCACCUAGUUUCACCCGCAGGUUGCCGGUUCCAUGCAAUUCCAUGGCAUUCAGGGCGUAUCUCACUUCGUGUCGAGGAUCUGUUUGUGUCAUCCAAGAUUCUUGGCUGA